CUUUUAUCGAACUUCAACCAUGACCUACAUCCUGGUCAAGGUCUCAUGAAAUGGACAGUGCACGUGCGCACCGUGCCAAGCAGGAGCUCCACGCAGAGCGGGACGUGCUCCUGAAACGGGCGGACCACCGGGUGGAUGCCCACAGCACCCAGAAGGAUGAUGGCAAGAACAAUGCUCGUGCCUUGCUGUGGACGUGCGGACUCCUCCUCCUGCCCAGUGUUGCCUACAUAUCUAUAAUGCUUGCCUGGUUCUUCACCUUCCAUGAUUCCAUCGCCAAGUUCCUGGCCAUCUUUGUGUGUUGUCUUGCAGCUUCCGUAGUUGUCAUUGUUCUCAGUUUCAGAUGGUUGACUGGGAAAGCGCGCCCCUGGCUAUGGUGGGUGGGGUUCUUUACCUUCCAAGCCUCUUUGGCAGCGUUGGUGAUUGGCUUCUUCCUUUACUACCGAAACUUGAUCUACUACUGGAACUACAAUGAGAUGCGGAGCUACACCAAUGUGGCCGCAGCCCAAGAUGAUGCGGCCUUUCCAGAUGCCUACAUGUUCCUCUUUACAGAGGACACCCGCCUGGAUAUCCAGCGAGCGGUUGGCUACAAAUCAAGGUGGACGGGAAAGGUCUACUGUGUGGCACCGCUGGUGGACACCACGAUGUCAGCUGUGGAACCCAUCUAUUAUUGGGCCAUUGGCGAAGACUGCUGCGAAGCGCGCUCCGACUUCCACUGUGGAGAUGCACAGGACCCCUCUACUCGCAGUGGCUUAGUGGCCCUGAAACCAGCCAAAAUCGUGAGGCCUUAUAUGAGAUGGGCUGUCAGAGGCUCGCCUUACCAACGAUUUGAGAAGGCUGUGCGAUUAGAGGAGGCUACCCAUGUCACCCAGGCGGCCCCAGAUCCGACAUUCAUCUACUGGAGCAGCGACCCGAUAGCCCUGAAGGACUCCUUCUACAAGGAGGCGGUGCAUUCUUGCGUACUUUGGAGUUUGAUCUACUUUGCCGUGCUGCUGGUGCUCUCCUGUUUCACUGCCUGGAGGCGGCUUGUGCCGCAGAGGAAACAUGCCGGUGUGAUGAGAUAUGCAGACUGAGGGCGUUUUUUUGGUCGGAUUGGUUUCACCCAGUCAGAUGGAGGAUCGGUGCCAACCGGUGCCAAUCUCUGCGACCAAAUGGCUCAUGUUGCUUGGUUUUGUAUGCAUUAGGAGUUGAGG